AGACGAUUCACAAACGAAAACAAGAUCGAGUCAUCGACGGAGAUAUUUUUUUAUUUAUAUAUAUAGGACAGACGAAUAAUCAAAUAUGGGGAAGGGAUUUAAUAAUUAUAUGACCAAGAAGUUCUUCCAUCCUGGAAGUAAAGACAACAUUAAAAGGGUAUGGAUGGCUCAACAAAAGACAAACUAUGAAAAACAGAAACAAGAUGAUUUACUCUCUCAGUACCAAAAAGAACAGGAAAUGUACAAAAACAGAGCUUUACUUGGAGAUGAGAAGGCAAAGCUGGGACUGAGUUUUAUGUAUGACGCACCUCCAGGUCUAAAGAAAAAAGAGGUAGAAGAGAAGGAAGCUGAGGUGAAAUUUGAAUGGCAGAGAAAAUAUAAUGCACCAAGAGAACAAUAUGCAAAAGACGAUGAGACAAUUCGGGACCAGCCUUUUGGAAUUGAGGUCAGGAAUGUCCGUUGCAUCAAGUGUAGGAAAUGGGGCCAUGUGAACACGGACCGUAUCUGUCCCCUGUUUAACCAGGAUCUCACCGCUGAACCCCCGCAACCAUCCACCAGUGCAUCCUCUUUACUUGAGGGUUUGCGAAGUGAUGGUUUCACCCUGAAGAAAAGCAUUCUGGGUAAAAUGGCAGAUAAUGUAGACACAGAGAAGUUGCUGGAGAGUGAAGAUGAGGAUGACCCUGAGGUCAAGUUUCUGAAAUCGCUGAACCCCAAACAGAGGAAGAAGUUGCUGAAAAAGUUGAAUAAGCUUCAAUCAGGAAAGGAAGAUGGAAAAGUAAACAAGGACAAGAAAAAGAAGAAAAAGAAACACAGGAAGAAGUCCAGGAGUUCAGAGGAAGAAUCAGAUACAGAUACAAAGUUUCACAGGAAAAAAAGAAAUUCAAUGUCCAAUUCAGACUCAGACGACUCUGAUAAUGAACAAAGAAGACGUCAAAAAUUCAGACAACAGGGAAUGAGACAGCCCCAGGAUGACAGAGAUUACAGAGGAGGAGGGCGAUCUCAACACAGACAAAGGAGGAGUCCAUCUUUAUCAGACUCGUCUCCACAACGAGGCAGCAGGGAUCAGGGGUCAAGGAGAAGAGACAAUCAAAGGUCAAAAUCUCGAGAUCGCAGUGCAGACUUCCGAGCUGGUCACAGGAGAGGCAGAUCUUCCUCUGUUGAAAGAAAGAAAGAUAGUAUUCAUGAAAGGGACAGAAGAAGAAAUAUUGAUAAUGCUAGGAGGUCAAGGUCACCUAAUCACAGAGGCAGGGGAGGUUAUGAGGUUGACAGAGAAAGACCAAAGAGGUCAAGACGUUCUAGUUCAUCCUCCUCUGAUGGAGGUGGAGCUUCAUCUAGAAGACACAGGUCAAGGUCAUUAGAAAGAGGUCAUAGGUCAAGUAGGAGGUCUGUGUCACCACAGAGGAACAGGAGAGACAACUACUCCUCCAGGAAAAGGAGGUCAAGUUCCAGAAAUGAACACUGAAGGUCAAGGUCACGUGAUGGAAGAAGAUGAAGGACUUCUAGACUGUUGAUUCCUUGAACUCCCCAUAUUGGGGUAAAAAAAAAUAUUAUGUAAUGUGAUUCAUUCUGAUGCAUAUGUUAUUUAAGUGAAAUUGUUUGUCAAUAAAGUGGAAAUAAAUUGUUGAUAAAUACUG